AUGUUACAUAAAUUAGAAGAACCAAUAUGGUUCGAAAAAACGGUUUAUUUAUUGAAACAUGAUUUUGGAACUUCAGAGGAAAGACAUUCUCUAGCACAAAAGGCCCUUGAAUACUUAUAUUCCGUUGGUGGGAUCAAGGUUCCUGAUUGGGAUUUUCUUCAUGACAUUAUUAGGCCCAAUAUCACAAACUCCAAUUUAGAAGAAACUUCUACUGAGUUUACUGAUAUUUUUAUUCAAAAAGUAUUGUUAAGAGAAUAUUCAGAAGCCUUAGUCAUUUUAGAAUCAUUAGAGAUUAAAAUAAUUCAAUAUUACCAAUACUUGGAAGAGAUUGGGAAACUUUUGGUGUUGAAAAGAGAUUUCCAUGGACUAGAGAAAUUAUCAUAUCGAUUAGAAGGCUACCAUCAAAAUAAUAAAGAAACUGAAUCAAUCAGUAUUGACGAAUUGCACUCAUAUCAACGAUGCAAAUUAAUGCUUACGAUUUCCAAAAUCUUGGAGGGAAAUUUUUUUGAAACAUGUUAUAAUGUAUUUCAACUAUGGAAGGAGAAUCCAGAAAUCAUAUUGAACCAUGUUGGGAAACAUCAUGCUUCUAGUAACAUCCAAGAAAACAUUGAAUCCAUAUAUUCAAAAGAAGAAAUUGAAAAAGUCAUAUUAGUUUCUGUUAUCAUAUCUAUUCCACUAGAUGAAAUGGACAAGUUUUCUCACUUAAUCGAUUUACAAGAUUUUUUCCAAGAGAUGCCCAUUGUGGAGGAGUGUUUAAAAAUGUUAAAAAAUACUCAAUUCAAAAAUUUUUUCCUUAGAUGGUAUGAUGAGAUAAAGCCAAUAUUUGAAAAGAGUAUGCUUUUGGGAUCGUUGUGGAGUAAAGUUGAUUUUAUAAUGUGUAGCAAGAUCUAUUACUUUUAUUUAAAGAUCUCGAGCUGUGUUCGAAUAUCAUAUCUGUCCAAUAUUCUUGGUAUUCGAGAUGAUGUUGUUAGAAGUCAAUUAUUAAAGUUAAUUGAUAUUGGAGGAUUGAAUUUCAAAGUGGAUGAACAAAAUGAUGAUAUUGUUUUAUUCAAGGAAAGAGAUGUAUUAGAUGAAGCAAUAGAGAUGUUAAAGAUUAAUGAAAGACUCAUCACUCAAAAGUUACAACAACGAAAUAACUUGUUUGAAAAUAUUGUGUUUCAAAGUUCACCGAAUCUUAACGGGAAUGUUCAUAGUCGUUAG